CACACACAUAUAUAUAUAUUAUAUAUAUAUAUAUAAGUGCAAUGGAAGAAGAAAUAACAGAACCAGUUAGCCCAACUGGCCAAUACUUCACGAGCUCUGUUAUUUCAGUAUCUGUAAUUGCAGUUCUUGAAUUCGAAUUCCCGAUCGACGAUUCACAAACCGCCACGUUGCUCGAGAAUGUAUUUCUCCCAAUCAACCCUCGUUUCUCUUCUCUCAUGGUGAAGGGCAAAAAUGGAAAAAAGCAUUGGAAAAAGGUUGAAGUGAAUGUCAAAGAACAUGUCAAAACCCCAAAUUUCCCACGUGGGAAAUCACCCGAAUUCUACGAGGAAUGCCUGUCUGAAUAUUUGUCAAAAAUAUCCCUAGAACAAUUCCAAGAGAGCAGGCCAUUAUGGGAAAUUCACAUAAUAAAAUACCCCACAAAAAGUACAGCUGGCAAUCUUGUUUUCAAGCUUCACCACUCACUUGGAGAUGGCUACUCAUUAAUGGGAGCUCUUCUUUCUUGCUUACAAAGGGCAGAUAAUCCUCAACUCCCAUUGACUUUCCCUUUAUUGAAUCAAAAAAUACAAACUAAUGAUAAUAAAAGUAAUAUUUUAUCAAGGGCUUUUGAUAGUGUGUACGAUUUCGGGUGGAGUGUUUUGAAGAGCCUUGUGCUUGAAGAUGAUAAGACUCCGAUACGAUCGGGCGAUGACGGAGUCGAGUUCCGGCCAAUCACGGUCACCACCUUGAACUUCUCGCUUGACCAAAUCAAAAAAGUCAAGGCUAGUCUUCACGUGAGCAUAAACGAUGUGAUAUGUGGAGUAUUGUUCUUGGGGAUCGGACUGUACGCGAAGUCAACGAAAGUUGACCAGUCGUCAACGGCAUUGGUUCUACUCAACACAAGAAACAUCAACGGCUACAAAUCAAUCUCGGAAAUGGUCGAACCGGAUGCCGAGUCACCAUGGGGCAAUCAAUUUGCUUUUCUUCACGUUUCGGUCCCUAAAUUAGUUUUUUCAGACCAAAUUGAUCCUCUCAGCUUUGUUCUCGAUGCUCAGAAAGAGAUUACGAGGAAAAGAAAUUCUGCAGCUGUUGUUUUAACCGGAAAAUUGCUCGAAAUGUUGAUGAAACUGAGAGGCCCUGAGGUAACAGCUAAAUACAUACAUAGAACACUGAAGAACACGAGCAUGACAAUAUCAAAUAUAAUGGGGCCUCUUGAAAAAAUGGCUUUGUCAAAUCAACCAAUCAAAGGCAUGUAUUUCAUGGUCGUUGGAGUUCCUCAGAAUCUAACAAUAACAAUGGUGAGUUACAUGGGACAGUUGAGAGUGGCUUUGGGAACUGAAAAUGGGUUAAUUGAAGCACCCAAAUUCAGAGAGUGUGUUCAAAAUGCAUUUGAUAUGAUUUACAAAGCAGCAGUUCCUUUUCCUUCUGUUUAAAAUAAAAUAAAAUACUAUUGAAGAAAUGCAAUUUAAUUUUCAUUUUUUAUUUUUAUAAUCUGCAUGUGUAAUUUGUUUAAUUCAUGGAUC